AUGGUACCCUUGCUGGUUCUGCUGGUUCUGCUAUUGAUACCCCACGGAGUCUGUGGGAACCUGAAGGCAAAAUGCCCCUUGAACCUGGUCAUAGAAAAAGAAGCGUGGAGUUACUUCCGGCCCGGAGACUUCCUCAUUAGCGGGAUCAUAUCGCCACAAUAUCCUUAUAAGCAAAACUUGUACAACUUUUCUCAGCUCCCGCUAACCAGCUUUGACCGUUUGUCAGGUAGGAUGUACUGGCACAUCUUGUCCUUCUUGUUCACCAUCCAGGAGAUCAACGGUGACCCUGGGCUCUUACCCAACAUCACCCUGGGCUACAACCUCUAUGAGAGCUUAUUCAAUGCAAGGAUAACUUCUGAUGCCAUGCUAGACCUGCUUUCGGGUGGGGAAAGCAACAUCCCAAACUAUACCUGUGGAAAAGGGAAUCAUAACCUGUUGGCUGUUCUUGAAGGGGCCAAUUCUGUGAUUUCCAAACACAUUUCAACCAUGUCAAGCAUCUACAAAGUACCACAGAUCAGUUAUGGUUUUAAUGCUCAGGCUACGGAUGACAAAUCCCAGUUCCCUUUUGUCUACCGGUUGCUCCCCAAAGGGGAUACCCAGUACCGGGGGAUUGUCAAGCUGCUCCUGCAUUUUGGAUGGACGUGGGUUGGCCUCUUUGCGCCAGACAACGAGAAUGGAGAGAGGUUCAUGAAUGCCCUGACAUCUCUGAUGAUCCACCAUGGAAUCUGUGUUGCCUUCACAAAAAGACUAACAGAAGGUACUCCCUAUGAAGGGUUCGUAUCCGGGGUACCCACUGCCGUAUGGAGACAAGUCACUGUGCUUGUUUACUAUGAAAACACUCGCAUGGGAUGGGUGCCAAUCAUCACACUACAAAAAAAGAUUGAGGAACAAGUUGGAGCAAGGGUCUGGAUCACAACAGGUUUUCAGGACAUCAACGUGGUAUUGCAUGGCAAAGGUUUUCGGUACACCCACGGUUCUUUCUCCUUUAUAUUUAAGACCCCAAAAAGGACCACACACGACUACUAUGCACCAUAUUCCUAUCUUCUUCAUCAGUUUUGGGAUGAGGCAUAUCGUUGUUCGUAUUCAAAGCACGCCUUGUCCGUGAAAGGUCAGAUAAGAUGCACAGAGGAGGAGGAGGAGCAGCAGCAGCAGCAGCAGCAGACUCUGCCCAGAGAGGAGCUGGAGAGAGCCCUGUCCCAAGACAGCUACAUCAUUUACUUCCAUGUCCAAGCCAUGGCGCACGCUUUACAUGCUGCAUGUUCAUCAAGAUCAAAACGGAUGCUGAUGGCGGAUGGGGGAGACAGGUUGGGACAUCAAAGGCUGCAGCCAUGGCAGCUUCACCCUUUCUUGAGAGCAAUCCGGUUUUCUAAUACCUCAAUAGAUGAACUGUAUUUGAAUGAGAAUGGGGAGCUGCCCGGCAGUUAUGAUAUUGUGAACUGGGUGAUGUUUCCCAACAAGUCUCGUGCCAGAGUGAAAGUUGGGAGUAUAGAGAGAGAGACAUCCACUGACAUAAAGUUCAAGAUUAACCCCAAAGCUAUUGUGUGGCCCCAACGGUUUAACAAGGCUGUGCCUCCCUCCAGGUGUACUGAAAGCUGUCACCCUGGAUAUGCCAAGGCGGUUCAGGAAGGAAAACAAGUUUGCUGCUAUGCUUGUUCCCCAUGUGCAGAAGGGACCAUCUCCACUAGAAAAGAUGCCAGCCACUGCACCAAAUGUCUGGAAGAUGAACAUCCAAACAAAGACCAAGAUCAAUGUGUUCCCAAGAUUAUCACCUUCUUGUCCUAUGAAGGGUAUUUGGGGAUCAUCCUGACUACCUUUACCCUACUCUUCUCCUCAACCACAGGCUUUGUGUUGGCAAUCUUCAUUAAAUACAAAGAAACUCCCAUAGUCAAAGCCAACAAUCGGGACCUCUCCUACAUCCUCCUCAUCUCCCUCCUUCUCUCCUUUUUGUCCUCCUUCCUCUUCAUUGGACGGCCAAGGAAAGUGACCUGCCUUUUGCGACAAACAGCCUUCUGCACCAUCUUCUCAGUUGCUGUCUCUUCUGUCUUGGCAAAAACCAUCACUGUGGUGCUGGCCUUCCUGGCCACCAAGCCAGAGAAUAGGGUGAGGAAAUGGCUGGGGAAGAGUUUGGCCCACUCCAUUGUCAUUUCCUGUUCCACUGUCCAAGUUCUCAUUUGUACCAUUUGGUUGGGCAUCUCACCCCCGUUCCCAGACUCUGACAUGAGCUCCCAGCCUGGAGAGAUCAUCCUGAAGUGCAACGAAGGCUCUGUGGCCAUGUUUUACAUUGCCCUCAGCUACAUGGGCUUUCUGGCUGCCAUCUGCUUCACGGUGGCUUUCCUGGCUAGGAAGCUGCCUGGGGCCUUCAAUGAAGCCAAGCUGAUCACCUUCAGCAUGCUGGUCUUCUGCAGUGUUUGGGUGUCCUUUGUUCCCACCUACCUGAGCACAAAGGGAAAAUACAUGGUAGCCGUGCAGGUCUUCUCUAUCUUGGCCUCCAGUGCUGGGCUCCUGGGCUGCAUCUUCAUUCCCAAAUGCUACCUUAUUAUACUAAGACCUGAUCUGAACAAGAAGGAGCACCUGACAGCAAAAUACUAA